AUGAGUGACCAAAACUGUGUUCACAAUUUAAGCCUCGUCGGACUCAGUAGUUUGAGUACCAUCGCUAAGGAACUGCCAAUUCCUCGUCAAAAUGAUUCCAAAAAAGAUGAACAAAAGCCACUCUUCGACUCCAAGUCACUGGAACACUCGGACGCUGAGCUCGUCGGCGAAUUAACAGCUGCCCUCGAUAACGUACGAACUUCUUUCUCACUCAAGCCGACUAUACAUGAUGAACGCAAUUUUGAUGCCGUUCAAAACAUUCCUCUCUUGUCAAACGUCGUACAGACUGCCCCAAGACUACUAGGCAAGCGAUCCCAAUUCCAAACAUCUUCCCAUCACAGCUCAGCGAAAGAAGUGCGAGAUGACAAACUGGCUAAGAAAGAAAAGAAGGAGAAGCGCAAGAAACACAAAUCAAGGGACGAAGACAACGAGAGCGAGACGAAAGAAGAACGACGUGCGCGACGUGAGAAGCGCCGCGCAGAAAAACGGGCCCGGAAAGAAUAUGACCAGAAUAAUCAGGAAUUAAUGGAUGAAACAUCCAACUCUUCCAUUUCAUCCGCCUUCUCGGACCUGAAACGGCAAAGAAUGAGCGCUGAGCCUAUGGAUACAAGCAUACACAAAGAGACUAUUAUGGAGAACUUGCCGGAAGAUGCGAGUGCGUGCACUCUCAUCUUCGAUGACAAAACAAGAGCGCAAGUGUCUACCAUCAAAAGUAUAACCCUCCCAUCUGGCGACCAUGUCAAGAGCUUUCCCAGUCUACGCAUUGGUCAGAAAGUUGUGUCCAUUCACCCAACGAAAAAAACUCUUGCUUCCUGCACUGUUUGCCGAGAACUCCCCCGGUCGAAGGCAAGAUCGGACAGAGAAUGCAAGCCGUUUGUUGUAAGCCUGAAGAAGCUUGAUGAUGAUGAUGUCAAAAAAAUCAAAGCCAAAAUGGCGAAAAAGGAACGUGCAAAGCAGCGCGAGAUUGCUGAAAAGAAGGAAAAGUCACGCCACAAAGACCUAAUGCGUGCUUUCCACGAAAAAGUGACAGAUGAAGAAAUCCAUGCUCAUACCGAUCGCUUCAAAAUUUUGGUUGAUCGUGCACUUCAAGUUUACGCGAACGUCAAUAACGAUGUCGAAGAUGACGAACAAGAAGAAGCGCUCCUUCUGGACGAGAAUAAACUAAAGUCUAUCCUUAAGGAGGCCGCCAAGCUGAAAGAAAUCGACGCUUAUGGGGACAUAAAGAAGAAAAGACUCGCACGAAUGUGCCAGUUAAUGGAAGUAAACAUGCGUCGAGGUUGUCGACUUGCCUUACAUGUCGUCGACGACGCGGAACCAAAGCACAAUGGACUUGGCCGAGAAGAACGUCUUCAGGCGAUAAAUUGCGCUCUCGAGGCCGGUCUCUCUGUUAUGUAUGUUCUCACCGCGCCGAAAGUCUCUGGAUCUAUUUUGUCAGAUAACGUCAUCGAUAGAGUGAUCGAGCUGUGUCGAUUUCAGCUUCAAAACUCUAUCUACCCUGAAUUUGAUGUUGUGUACCGGCAGUCAGGCUACAAGAUCAAGACUGACAAGCAAAAACGAGCUUCUUCUAAAAAGUUACUCAACGAUCGGCUCUCUGCUAUAAGAUGCGCGACGAUCAUCUUCUCUAAGUAUCCCCAGCAUCGACAAAAUCUCGUCAUCGACAUUCUGAACUCGCUUGCUCGUCUUCCUACGUCUAAGCGAAACUUGCGAAAUUAUCGCUUGAGCCAUCUCAUGGAUGAUGAAGACGAUGAAAUUCCAUGCAUUCAAAUGCUCUCAGCGUUGGUCUUACAGCUUGUCCAGUCAGUCGCAAAGAUUCCAUCUCCAAUAGAGUCUGAUCACCGACAAACGAUGCUCCAAGCGGAACGCGAAAAUGAAGACAUUGAUGAAUUGCCGAUUUUAAGUUCUCUGGAACUUGCACAGCAAAUUUCCUCUAUGUUUUUAACAAUCUUCCUUGAAAAGAUUUCUUCAAGAAAAGAAGAAAUAGACUUCCGGCCGCUUUUUGAAAAUUUCAUUCAAGAUCUGCUAAGCACUGUCAAUAAGCCGGAAUGGCCUGCUGCAGAGACGAUUCUAUCCAUUCUGGGGCGCUUGCUUGUUCACAAUUUCAUGAAUAAAAAGGUUGAAAUAUCCUUGCGAACGGCGUCUCUUGAGUAUUUGGGAGUGGUCGCCGCACGAUUGAGGAAAGACGCUUUGACUAGCCAGUUAGAUGUGGCCGAGGUUCGGCCGUUAGUUGAAAUCGUCGAUCAUGGCGUUGUCGGUAUCGAAGGCGAACAAGAAAAGGAUCUACUCACACGACAACUGCAGACAAUUGUUAUUCAACAUCUCAAUUCCGGUCGCAAAAUCGACAGUGCUAUGGAGUUCAGUCUCAAUUACUCAAUAGCUACUUGGGUUCGAGAUAUCGCAGACAUGAAACACGAUGAAGACGUUGAAUCACUCGAAAGAAUCGGCUAUCGGCUGCUCAAUGAACAAGCUGUUCAAGUACGCACGAAAUCUCUCAAAUGUCUAACUGAAAUCGUUACUGUCGAUCCUGGCAUCCUUUCACAAGAGGCGAUUGCCAAAUCAAUUCGCUCGCGAAUGGAGGAUACUGCUACUUCUGUGCGUGAAGCCGCAAUCGACUUGAUCGGGAAAUUCGUGCUCACUCGCCCAGAAGUUGCCAAUCAUUAUUAUAAGAUGCUGACUGAACGAAUUCUUGAUACUGGUGUAUCCGUUCGAAAACGAGUUAUUAAAAUAUUGCGUGACUUGUGUCUCGAAGUCGAAGAUUUCCCAUACACUGCGAACGCUUGCGUCCGCAUGAUAAAACGCGUAAAUGACGACGAAGAAGGAAUAAAAAAACUUGUCUUGGAAGUAUUUUCAAAAUUGUGGUUCACUCCAGUUGACCAGGAUCAUCGCGAAUUCAAGGCAAAAGUUUCUGCAAAAGUAACAGUUGUGAUUGACGUAGUCGCGAGUUGCCCAGAUGUUGAGUGGCUACAGGAUUUGCUCAAGGGGCUGAUCAAGGGCAACAAUGCUGAUCUCUCGCGAGACGCCAUCGAAAGUUGCCGACAAAUUGCUGAUUGUGUGUCGAAUAUAGUUAAAGAAGAGAGUCUAGAGGAGAAAUCUCGGAUGGUUGCCUGCUUCACAACAAUGUUGCUGAUUGCAAAUGUAGAACCGACACUCAUUGUACCUUACGUGAAAAUUCUACAUCCUUAUCUUUCACGAAAACCGACGACUCAGAGAGAUAUUCAAAUCCUUACCAAAACCGAGAAGAUCCUGGAACUCUGCUUGCCACUCAUGUCGCAUCCGUCAAAAGAUUUCCUGAGUUCACUGGAAAUGGAUUUAAUGAAAAUAAUUAUGUUCUCGCACGAAGUGGUUGCUGAAGGCGCGAUCGCUUGCCUUGGUGCUCUUGUGAACAAAGUUUCCAAACGUUAUCAACUCGUCUGGGACAUCUUCAAGCGCUACUACUCAUUUGUCAAGAAGGUAGUCGACAGUGAUAACAUUGAAGAAGUCAUGGCUGGAUCAAAGAAGUGUCUUUUUCUGCGCUCAAUUCGAAUCAUUGGAUUUUUGCACAAAACUUUCGACUUCGACAAGAAAGAAAUAUCAGCCGGCUUGGAUAUAAAAAUAAAAGCAGAAACAUACGAAAAACUGCUUUCAUUAGUAACCAUCGAAAUGCUUGACCUUCAGAUGGCCGUUCUCUCCGCGUUAGGAAUGCUUAUGGUACAGGAACCCAGCUUUAUGCUUAUGGAUAUGACCAAGGCUCUCUAUGACGGAGUGCUGAAUUCCGAAAACGAGAAGCUCCGUCAUGUUGCCCUUCAAAACUUCGACAGCUAUCUGAAGGAAGAAGAUCGUCGAAUAACCGAGCGAGAACAACAACAGCUUAUGGAGAAAGAGAUCAAAGAAAAAGAGCGAAGCCGUAACCUUUCCUCCGAGAAGGAUAGCGAACAAAAAGAGGAAGUAAAAGAGGAGAAUAUUAAAGAAAUGGAGGAUGUAAGAUCCUCACAGUCUUCAGCUGUUAUACAGCUCUUUUUAAAGCAAAUUCAAGACGCCUAUAUUUCAACCGAAGCCAUUGUUAGAAAAGCCUGUCUUUCUGUAGUCAUCAAAGUUCAAAAUCAAGGCUUGGUAGCCCCGAUGGGACUCCUGCCGACUCUCAUCGCUGCCUCUGCCGACCCGAAAGUUUCUUCUUUACGAACCUCUGCUGAUCACGUUAUGCACGAGAUCAAUAAACGUCAAAACGUUAUUUACGUAGAGGCUCUUCGCGGCCUCAAAAAGGCCUUUAAAGUUGCGAGGGUUAUCUCGUUCGGGUCGCUGAUAUUCGACGACGAAGAGGAGACCCCAAUCUACGACGAUAAGAUCCCACGAGGUUACUUGAACCUCGAGUAUGGAAAAACAGCUUCCUGCUGUCACCUGUAUACUUUACUGAAAGAGAAAAAACAUAAACGGGCCUUCAUUACCCAACUUCUAUCCAUUUUCGAUGACCAUAAAUCACCAAUGGAUUUACUUCUGUAUAUUGCGGACAAUCUUGCGUACUUUCCGCAUACAGUGAUCGAAGAUGUGUUGUUUAUCAUUAAACACGCAGACACAAAAAUCAACGGCGCAGGAAACGAUCUUAUCCAUACUUUCGAAAAGCAACUGGAACCAGUUGAAUGUAUGGAAACCGACAAUCCGAACGCAAACGAUUCGGACUCAGACUGUGAUCCAGAAGACGAGGAGACGGUUGCCCGUGUGAAGAAUCGACUACCAGGAUCAGCUGAAGUUCUUCAUUUUCUGCGCAGGGCACUUUCAAUUUUUAUGCUGCUUUGGCUGAAGAUUUACUUUAAACAAGCGUUCUCGAUCUCAGAUAAGAAAAUUGACGCAUACUCAAAUGAUUCCGCUGCUGUUGAGUCCAAAUCAAAACCUGCCUCUCGAAAGUCUGGGCCUACUUUUGAGCCACGCGAGGUAAUAGAAUACCUUGCGGGUCAAUAUCGAAAUGGAGAAUCAGAAGAAACCCAACUCAUGGCUGUAAAGAUGUACUUCAAGCUCAAAAAGCUUAUGUAUGAUUUUGAUGAAAUUUGCGACUCAUCUGAUGAAGACUCAAAACCCAAAGCCAAAGCGUCGCUCACCUCUCAGUUGGAGAUGGAAGCAAAAAUGCAACAAAAGCCACUCCAAAAAGCCAAAAGACGACCUCGAUUCCGAUCGUGA